AUGGCCUUACCCGUUCAGUACGAGUUUAUUCCCUUUGAAACUUCUGAUGGACAGAGUGCUGGAAGCUACGAUGAUCUGGUCUACCAGAUCUUUCUUGGGAAGUACGAUGCUGUGGUGGGUGAUGUGACGAUUACAGCGAACCGAUCACGGAUUCGUAGUGUGGGUUCUGGAGCAUCGCGUAAACAGAGAAUUCAGAGGGCCACCUCUCCAGCAAGUAGGCACGGAGAGAGGGUAAACAACAACUUGGCAAGAUUUGUGUUAACGGUGUGGAUGUUGGUGGUGCUGGUACUACAGUCUAGUUAUACAGCAAGCUUAUCAACAAUGUUAACAGCAGAUAAGCUGGGACCAACUGUGAGAGACAUCAAGGAUCUUCUCAAUAAUGGAGGCAACGUUGGGUACCAGCAGGGUUCUUUUGUUGACGGCUUCUUGAAGAAUAUGCGUUUUAAUUCCUCCAAGUUCAGGAAUUACAGCUCUUUCAAAGAGUAUGAGGAAGCACUUUCUAAAGAAGCAUUUCCAAAGGGAUCUCCCCUAGCACCCGAGGUUUCGAAAGCCAUUUUAAAACUAGUGGGAAGAAGCCUCACGCUCGACAGCUUCAAAGGUCUCUUCGUCAUUGCAGGGGCAUCUUCCUGUUUGGCUCUCAUUAUAUUCCUUUCUAUCUUCCUGUGCGAGAACAGAGAAAUACUCGUUUCCAACGCCUCGCUCAGGCAAAAGCUUGUUGCCAUGGCUAAAAGCUUUGACGAGGAAAGAGAGAAGAAGCUCGUGAAGAAGAAAACAGAUGAAGGGGAGAGUACAAGAUUGCCCGACACGUGGUUCACAUAUCUCGGGAUUUUUCUCGUCAUGGUGAUGAAGGGUUCUCUGCACCAGAACAUGAUACAUGUACCUUAG